CUACACAGUGAGUUAAAGGCGCACAACUAUCAGAAUCCCAGUUCAUAAUUGUGUUUGAUUGGCCAAGUAGAAUAAAGUGUCCGACUCUUUUUGAGCUUAUUGGACAUUACACAUUGCUGUAACUAUCUCAUUGGCACUACUUAAUUGCUCAUAGUUUAUUUGACGAAUGCAACUGCUGCGACAUAUUUUGCCAAUCUUAAACUCAGCUGUCAUUCUGGAGGUGCAGUUUUGGUUGAUGCAUGACAUUUAGGUUCAAACACAGUGCGUAUGGGAAAAGAGAAGGCCAGUGAUUAGACAGUGUGAAGGCUGACUUUGUAUUCCUACUUGUGUGUGAUGUUUGUUAUGUUAGUUUCUCUUGCACAACUGUCGAAGUGCAUAUGCUUUCCUUGUGAGUGACACUUGUUAAGAAUGAGAUGAGGGUUUGAGACAAUGUAGCUAAUUUCGACCUUCGAGAGUCCAUUAUAUCGUGCAUUUGCGAGAGCUGAUAAAGCAAGGCCUGAGAGUUGUGUUUGCAUUCCUUUCUGUGGUGCUUGUAAGUUAGUGAAGUACUUGUGUGGUAGAAUGUGGACUGGCUUCAAAGUGAACACAGACAUUGGUGCUGAUCUGCUGAAUGCUGGGCCUACUAAUAAAGGCUUGUGCUGCUAUGUGUGACCUGUAGUUGCAGUGGACGUAGGACUGUAGUAUAUACGGGCCUCGAGUCCAAGGACGUGCUCAAAAGGAACGUCUUGUGUUUGAAACAGUAAUGUCAAUGUUGUACAAACACAGACAGCUUUUUCUAACCUCCUUACGCUGAUGAGUGUUUUGGCUGUAUGCUUUACUAUGUAUGUUUUACCCAAAGUUCCUGACUAUUGUGUUGUACUACUACUACUACUACUACCACUGCUACUAAUGGAACCAAAACAUUAGUACCGAUAAUACUAAUAAUGUUUUGUAUCUGUGUGUGUUUUUAGAGAGAGAGAGAGAAUGGGGAAGAAGAAGACGUUUGCAGGUGAAAAGCAGUGCCUAGUGAUUGUUUUCGAAAAAGAGAGCUAUUGUGUGACCGUUGGUGUAAGGCCCGCCUCCUCGCCUGUUCUCAACUAGGUCCUGUCGAGUGUGGAUAAAUAGGUGGGCGCUGCGCGAGAAGUUUUAUUGAGUGGUUUGACUUUGAGAGCAGCGUUAUGUCUGGCAGAGGUAAGGGUGGUAAAGGACUCGGCAAAGGAGGCGCUAAGCGUCACCGCAAAGUGCUUCGCGAUAACAUCCAGGGGAUCACCAAGCCAGCUAUUCGCCGUCUGGCUCGCCGUGGUGGUGUAAAGCGUAUUUCUGGUCUGAUCUAUGAAGAGACUCGCGGCGUGCUGAAGGUGUUUCUGGAGAACGUGAUCCGUGACGCCGUCACCUACACCGAGCAUGCCAAGAGAAAGACUGUGACCGCCAUGGAUGUGGUGUACGCCCUGAAACGCCAGGGACGCACUCUGUACGGCUUCGGCGGUUAAACGCUCUAACACCGAACGAUGCAAACACAAUGGCUCUUUUAAGAGCCACCCACAUGUCUAGAAAAAGAGCUGUUCCGUGUGGGAAAAAAGGCUUUUUCUUUCGUGAAGCAUAAGGCAUUAAACGUUGUACAGAAGUAGCGUAAGUGAUAGCUCUAUUUGUAUUUUUUGUAAUAAACCACAUAUAUGCACAGUAUUCAAUAUUAUAAACUGAUUAAAACGAUUUAAAAAAUGAUUUUAGUAGAAACUUACUUCUAUAUUUCUCUCUU